UCCAACUCAAAAACAACUCUCUUCCUCUCUCUCCCUCCCACGACAGAGGGAGGGCCGGAGAAACCAUCCCCUCUCCGCCUCUCUCCAGAACACAAAUUCGAAACCCUAACCCUAAAAUCUCCACUACAGAGACAGGCAAUGCCUCCUUGAACCUCCACGGAAGACCUCUCCAAUUAACCAGACCAAAUCGGAGGAGGAAAGCAAGCCGUUGGUGGUGGAGCCACGGGCUGAUCAGCCUCCGAUCGUCGAUUCUAGGGUUUCGAUACUCGUACUGAGCUCUCUAGUCUUUACUACUAUGCAAAUGUUCGCCUGUGAUGACGAUUUGCUCCCCAGGGUUUCGGUCCAACCGCAGGAUCAUCGUCCCCGGCGUCGCCGGGCCUUUUCGUGCUGUGGAGUCUCGAUCUCUCGUCCGAAAUCAUCCCCUGAUGGCCGCGGAAGAAGGUGCUUUUCCUAUGAAAAACUUCCUCAGUAUCCUCUCAAGCUCUCUGUUCGCAAACUUGACGGCUCCUCGUUCGGCAUCGAGGUUGCGAAGACCGCAACAGUGGCAGAGUUGAAGGAGGCGGUGGAGCAGGCUUUCAGUCACAUAACAAGGACCGGCCCUGUCAAGAUUUCAUGGUCACAUGUUUGGGGGCAUUUUUGCUUAAGCUACGAUGGUUGGAAGCUGGUUCUUGACAGUGAGCCUAUCAGCAUUUAUGGGAUUGAUCAUGGAGACCAGCUCUAUUUUGUCCGGCAUCACUCAACUAACCACAAUCUCCCAAAGAGGCGGUCAAAAUAUAGAUUGUUCGCUUUAAAACAACCCAAGCUACCGGAUGGCACCUUUGAGAGAGAACAGAUUGACCAAAAAGAUCACGGUUCAAAUGAUCAAAACAAUUCACCAGACCAGGAUUAUGAUGAUAGGAAUGGGGAUAUAGUGACACUGUAUGAAUUGAAGCUGUCUCAGUUAUUGGGCAGGUGGUUCCAAUACCAGAGAGUGGGGAGUCCGGCAAGCAGAUAUCAAGGCGGCCCAUUUUCGUCAAAAUUGGCAAACGGCAUCUCGGGGGCCUUAAGAAGUAUUCUCUGGUUACAUAGUAGUGACAAACUUGAUUCUCGAAGAGAUCCUUUGGAGGAGGUAUAGCGAUCUGCACACACAACUGUAUCGUCGAAGCUGGUUGAACUGGUUAGUGGAUUUUAAACUUCACAUCCACAUUUUACUGUAAUCUGAAACAGAUGAUACCCAGUAGUCAUGAGAAGAAUCUGCCGAAAGUUAAAAACAAAUGGAUGGCCUGUUUGGAGUUUACUAUAGAAAUGGUUCUGCUUUAUUCCAUGCA